AUGGUCUCGGAUAAAAUGCCUUCCACGUCUUCGUUCAUUCCGCUAAUCGGGUGGUUCUAUACGGCUAUGAUCAGUCUCAUCUCGGUGGCUACCAUUUUUGCCUCGCUAGUCAUUUGGAUUCAAAAGAAGGGAAUUGUUGGAACAGCUCCGCCGCCAAAAUUAAUGUGGUGGGCACGGUUGGUCGGCCGAAGAGUCUAUUUGGAGUUGCCGCUCCUUAUGAAGCAGGCUUAUGCCAGGAAAGCGGCGGAAGAAAAAGCCCGGAACGCCGGCCGGAAGCCCAGCCUUUGGCAAAAGGUCUACAAGAUGAGCCGGGUGGUGAACGCUUUCGGGAACCAAAACGGCGCAGCGGCCAGGCCGAUGAAGCCGAAAAGUUUUCCGAAUUUGGCGAACGUCUCGGCAAUUAAGGGCGCAAGUGAGCCACCUGUACAAAAGAAGAGCUUGGCGUUUUCAAUUGACGAUCGAGACUUUGACCCCGAGGAUAGACCAAGUCCACCCAAAGAUAACACCCCGAUGAUCGAUGAUGAAGAAGCGCCUGAAGACAUUAUACGGAAGUACAAGCCGGCCAAGCAGCUGCGGAGCUCUGCCAGCAUCGCUUCCUAUGAUAAUUUGUUCCGGAAUUUUGAGCCCGGACCUGGUAUGGGAUCAGCAGCCCCCACCAAUACCGAACGUCGUAACCUCGCCCAACUCGAGUACGACUGGCUGGCCGCCGUCUUUGAGCGCAUUUGCCUGCUCGUUUUCAUUGUCCUGUUCCUUUUCAUGUCGGUCGGCAUUAACAUGCUUGGCUGGUAUUACUGGAAAAACGCCGAAUACAAACUCCUUCGAAUCUCCGCC